AUGAAUCUCUCUGUUACUGCAGUUUAUGAACUAAGAACUAGUACUCAAUGUCGGGCCAUGCGUCACAUGUCCGUCAUACUAGAUGACUUUUAUGUCAGAGAAAGUUGUGACUCAGGUUUCAUUAAGGAGAUUAAUUCAAAGAUGAGAGUUCCUGAUAGAAUAUCACUAGAUCCAAGUAGUUUAUCACGAUUGAGUGCACCGUCCAUUCCCACUGAAAAUGACAACAUGAAGGUACCAGAAAGAAUUGUUAUGUCUGCUGCUAACAAUCAAUCAGCUCCCUCAAUAGCUUUUAAUCGACGUGGAGACGAUCUUAUCGAUAACCUCGAGUCGAUUACUCAUCAACAACACGCCUUGGAACCACUUCCCAGUUCUCUAGUCUUAAAUGAAAUCAAUUAUCCUGAUCUAGAAAGAUUAAAUAUUGAAAAAAAAGAAAAAGAAAAAGUUGAAGAAAAAGAAGUAGCACUGAUUUCUGCUCCUGUAAAUGAAUCUCAGACUCGAACUGUGACAGCUCAGUCACCUACACCAUCGACGUCGAAUGCAAUAAUUGAAUGUGCGCCUAGUCAAACAAAUAAUUCAGCAUAUGGUAAUCAGCUCAAUUCUGUUGAUAGUAGACGAAUUCGAAUUCUGGAAAAUCGUGUUCUCGAGGUCGAACUUGAGUUAUCUAGACAUAGAUUUAUUGGUAAUAUAUUUUAUAUUACACUAGGCGGUUACCUUAUUUUAAAGUUUCUCCGAUCAUUAUUGCCUUAAAACUUGCUCUUGUUAAUUUUUAUUAGUGAAUAUAAUGUAUAUUCUUUCUUGUUGUGCAGAGUUACUUUUUGUUUUUAAUGAGAGUUUUAUUAUCAGGUUAUAUUUCUUCUUCGUACAAAUACAGUCCAG